GAUGCUGAAGGUGCUGAAAUAGCAGCGAGGACAAGGGACUUGGCUCAGUGUUAAAUAUCUGCCGAGCUGCCCUAAGAUUCUGAGAUGACAAUAGAGAGAAUGGAGAACGUGGAGGUCAUUACUUCUGAGGGCAAAGGCAGGGGUCUGAAGGCCACCAAGGAAUUCUGGGCUGCUGAUGUCAUCUUCGCCGAGCGGGCUUACUCUGCCGUGGUUUUUGACAGCCUUGUGAACUUCGUGUGCCACACCUGCUUCAAGAGGCAGGAGAAGCUCCAUCGCUGUGGGCAGUGCAAGUUUGCCCAUUACUGUGACCGCACCUGCCAGAAGGAUGCUUGGCUGAACCACAAGAACGAGUGUUCGGCCAUCAAGAGAUAUGGGAAGGUGCCCAAUGAGAACAUCAGGCUGGCGGCGCGCAUCAUGUGGCGAGUGGAGAGAGAGGGAACUGGGCUCACCGAGGGCUGCCUGGUCUCCGUGGACGAUCUGCAGAACCAUGUGGAGCACUUUGGGGAGGAGGAGCAGAAGGAGCUGCGCAUGGACGUGGACACUUUCCUGCAGUAUUGGCCACCCCAGAGCCAGCAGUUCAGCAUGCAGUAUAUCUCGCACAUCUUCGGCGUGAUUAACUGCAAUGGUUUCACGCUCAGUGAUCAGAGAGGCCUGCAGGCAGUAGGUGUGGGCAUCUUCCCCAACCUGGGCCUGGUGAACCACAACUGUUGGCCCAACUGCACCGUCAUCUUUAACAACGGCAAUCAUGAGGCAGUGAAAUCCAUGUUUCACACCCAGAUGAGAAUUGAGCUCCGGGCCCUGGGCAAGAUCUCAGAAGGAGAGGAGCUGACCGUGUCCUACAUCGACUUCCUUAACUUCAGCGAAGAGCGCAAGAAGCAGCUGAAGAAGCAGUACUACUUUGACUGCACAUGUGAACACUGCCAGAAAGGGCUGAAGGACGACCUCUUCCUGGGGGUGAAAGACAACCCAAAGCCUUCUCAGGAGGUGGUAAAGGAAAUGAUUCAGUUCUCCAAGGAUACACUGGAAAAAAUUGACAAGGCUCGCUCUGAGGGUUUGUACCAUGAGGUUGUGAAAUUAUGCCGAGAGUGCCUGGAGAAGCAGGAGCCAGUGUUUGCCGACACCAACAUCUACACGCUGCGCUUGCUGAGCAUUGUUUCUGAGGUCCUCUCCUACCUGCAGGCCUUUGAAGAGGCCUCACACUACGCCAGGAGGAUGGUGGAUGGCUAUAUGAAACUCUACCACCCCAACAAUGCCCAGCUGGGCAUGGCCAUCAUGAGGGCAGGGCUGACCAACUGGCACGCUGGCAACAUCGAGGUGGGCCAUAGCAUGAUCUGCAAAGCCUACGCCAUUCUCCUGGUGACACACGGACCCUCCCACCCCAUCACCAAGGACUUGGAGGGCAUGAGGAUGCAGACGGAGAUGGAGCUGCGCAUGUUCCGCCAGAACGAGUUCAUGUAUCACAAGAUGCGCGAGGCGGCCCUGAACAACCAGCCCAUGCAGGUCAUGGCCGAGCCCAGCAAUGAGCCGGCGCCUGCUCUGUUUCAUAAGAAGCAAUGAGGACCUGCCUGGUGGGGAAGGGGCGCCGUGGCUUGGGAACUAGGGAGAUGUUCUGGAGGGGAUGGGUAUCUGGGGAGCCCCUUGAUGAAGAAAUCAGGGUAACUUGACAAGCUCAACCUUGUUGCUGUGGGAAGGGACUGCUCCGUGUUCCCCAGUGUCAUUUUGUUUCAUUUCAACUCAUUUCAACCCAAUUGAACUCUAUCUAAACCCAGUCCAGCCCAACUCAUCCUACAAAUAUAUUAGGUGCUAGGGCCUAGGGAUAAAGAACCCUAGAUGUUGCUGAUGAGGCAAAAUGUUAGACAAUUUAAGCACAGUGUGAUAAUAGAUGCAGUGGAAACUGUAUGGAGAGAAAGGGACAGUGAUGGGCAUGUGUCUGGUGUGUGUACGGGGAUUAGCUGUGGGGGUGUCAUGGAGGAGUGACAUCUGAGCUAAGGGUGACAGGUGCCUGGAGGCUCAGGUGGCUGUUCACCCAUCCAUGCAGGUGUCCCAGGGUUUGGCUGACUGGCAUGGGUGACAUCCAGCUUCCUCAGGUGAACAUGGACUUAUGAAGAAGGGGCUGUGUUUGGGCCUUUAAGGUCCUGCUCAUAGAACUGAAACAUUUUCAGAUGGGUAACUAUACAGAAAGAGGUGGGGGCUUUGCCCAAACCACUUGAGGUCUCAGGUUUCACUCUAAAUUUCAAACAUUAUUCUGAAACUACUUCCAGAACACAGAGAGAGAGGCUCUCCAACCCCACCCUCACUGCCAAGCCUUGUGAUUCCUGUGAUAAGGGGCUGCUUGGACAAUACCUGAGAUUUUUACCUGGCCAUUGGCCUCCUAGGACUGAAGAAGUCUUUUCAAGGUGAAGUUGAGGGGGACGCUUGGCAACACACCUACCUGAUGACCGUGGGUCCAGCGGAAUCGGCCUUUGGGUGUUUCCUUUGGUUCUACGUCUCUAGGUGGUCUUUACCCUCUUAGACUUCAUCUCCAGCCCCCAGUAAAUCUCUCUUCUUAGUAAUGCAUAAUUAUGACUUCCCUUGCUUAAUUUCUCUCAUCGUCCAUGCCCUGGGGACGCUGCUUUUCUUACCAGAAGGAAUGUCUCACCUGGACUCUGAACACCUAGGUUUGGACUUUUUUGAGGAGAAGGUGACCAACUUGCCCUUAUCUCCUGGGAAUCUGCUCUGGGCUCCGCCCAAGUGUGAGAGUGUUGGGGGUCAAUGAAACCAGUUGUCCCAUUGUCCUGUUAUUUUUUGGGAUCCCAAACAUCUCACCAGUGUUUUGGGGGAUGCUAGACCAGAGUCCUCUAUUUAAGAAUAUCACCAAGUCUUCUGUACCAUCUGGGGCUACCCUUGACCCCAAAGCUCUAGCUCAUGUCUUGAACUCAAGUGACCCCAUGAGGCUCCAUAUUUGCCAUCUGUGUCUACAGUGUUGGUUCCUCCAUCCCUACACUUUCAUCCUCAGAAGGACUCACUGCCUCCCUCGUAACCUGACCAACAGCUCUGCCAAUGUGCCAAAGACUCUGGCCAAAAAUGCUGCAAAGGGGCCACAUAUUUCAGAAUACUCCUACCUUGCAUUUGGCUCUUCUUUGAGGAUGCCCACUUCUCUAGAACUUUCGCAGGGAGACUGAGAGUUCUUCCAAUCCCAGGUACUACACAUCUAGAGAUGGCACCAGCCUUGUCCCAAGACCCCACUGUGCCAGUUCCAAUGGUCACUCUUCUCCCCUCAUAUAAAGGCUUCCCCAAACCUCUUCCCUUCUGUGUCACUGUCAUCUGCCAAGCCACUGGUCACUCCCCGCCUCCAAUUCAUGGUCUUGUUUCUCUUCCUCUCUUCCUCAAAUUUGGUGUCUUCAAUGUCCACUUUCACAAACCAUGGAAACCUCUUGCUUCAUAGAAUCUCUAUUUACUCAAUUCCUGGUGUCUUUCCAUUUUGUCCAUUAAAACUCUGUCUUGGUUAUGCCCAGACACUGUCAUCCCCCUAAUUUCUCCACUUUUGAUGUCUAGCUUUCUGAUCAUUGCUUCCUACCUGUUCACCUCUCUCCCUUUUCUCCAUCCCAUGUUACUACAUGAUAUCCUGUGUCCUCUAGUGUGUCACUCUCCUUCUGUCUUCUCUUUCUUCCAGAUGAGCAAGGGCGUCAGUCUGUCUUCCUUCUUGCCUGACCUCUCUUUCUGCCCAGCAGAGUUGCUGCCUGGCUUAAUUCAGCCGUCUUGUGUUCCCUCUGCUGAACCCGGAGGUGAUGAGCAUGGCCAGGAAAACAGUGCCUCCCAGCACAGGUGGCUCCACAGACUCCUCUCCAACCACAGCUGACCUUGGGGUGCAGUGCAGAUGUGCUUCCUGUGCUCUCAUUGGCUCUCCCUUUGCCCAGUAGCUACUUCAGGCCUUUGAUCAUAUCCUUGAGACCCCCGCCUUCAGCAGAACCUCAUCUCCUGCUUCAUGGAGAGGCCAGCAGCUGGGAUUCCCUCAAUUUCCACUUCCUGCAUUGACGCCCAUCACAAAUGUCCCCUCUGUCCUUCCCCUCCUCCUCAUACCUGGGGAGCAGGAGCCCCAUCCCUCCUCCAAAGUAUAACUCUUCACCUGUGCUUUGGACCCCAACCCCUCCUAGGUCCUCUAGGCCCCACUUCCCAAUAUUCCUUCUCACCUUGGCUUCUUCAAAGCAGUCAAUAGAUGGAGUUCCCUGGUGGCCCAGCAGUUAAGGAUCUAAUGUUGUCACCUUGUCACUCAGGUCGCUUCUGUGGCCUGGGUUCAAUCCCUGGCACUGGGAACUUCUGCCUGCUGCGGGC